GUUGCCGGACGUAGAUGCUCAAUCGAUCAGCCGCAGCACCGCAGGCUCCAGUGUCCCAUUAAAACAAUUUCCGUGUUUUAUUCCGAGAAAUCGGAGCAUAUAACUAUUAAUGCAUAGCAGCAGAGAAUCUGAUCAUUUAUCGGAGUUUGGGUGGUCGAUAACAGUAGAGUUAAACAGCAGCAGUAGCGAUUGUAGCUAGCCUAAUGUGCAGUGCCUGUGCUCUGCUGCCGCUGCAUAGCCCUGUUUCCGGUCAUCUGUAGCCGCUAUCUCUACACUUUUGGGGUCUAGAAAAGCCAUGGAUACAAGGGUGUUUAUGCUAUUUACCAUCUUGCUUCUAGAGAGGUUUACAGUCGGGGACCCGGCGGAUCCCUCACAUGUGGACGGUGCUCCGCCUUCAAAAAUAGCUGUGGUGGGAGCGGGCAUCGGUGGUAGCUCCACAGCUCAUUUCCUGCGGCAGCACUUUGGGCCCGAGGUUCAGGUGGACGUGUUUGAGAAAGGAGAGGUUGGAGGUCGCCUUGCUACGGUAACGGUUAAUCACCAUGACUAUGAGUCUGGAGGCUCCAUCAUCCACUCGCUUAACCUUCACAUGCAAGAGUUUGUGAAAGUCCUUGGUUUGAAAUAUCGUCGCAGUGUUGCCGGUAAAACAGCAGUCUUUAAUGGAGAGGAGAUGAUUUUGGAGGAGACGGACUGGUACCUCUUGGACCUGUUCAGACUGUGGUGGCGCUACGGCAUUAGCUUCAUUCGCCUGCAGAUGUGGGUGGAGGAGAUCAUGGAGAAAUUCAUGAGGAUCUACAAGUACCAGGCGCACGGUUACGCUUUCAGUUCGGUGGAGGAGCUGCUGGACUCUCUAGGGGGCACUGGGUUUUUAAACAUGACCCGAAGGCCGCUCUCUGAUUCCCUGUUGGAGCUGGGUGUGUCCCAGCGCUUUAUCGACGAGGUCAUCGCUCCCAUCAUGAGGGUCAACUAUGGGCAGAACGUUAGCAUCCCGGCAUUCGUGGGAGCAGUGUCUUUGGCUGGAGCUCAGAACAACCUAUGGUCUGUAGAGGGAGGAAAUAAGCUGGUGUGCUCUGGACUGCUUAAAAUGGCCAAUGCAAACCUGCACAAGGCCCACAUCACCUCUGUUUCACCCGUCAAAUCAGGAGACAUUCUUCAAUACCGUCUCAGCUACACCUCAGAAACCACCUCUGGCUCUGACCUUUACGACAUUGUGGUGUUGGCGACGCCCCUCCAGGAGAGCGUCCAAUCAGGGAUCAAGUUUGAGGACUUCACCCCACCCUUCGACCAGCUGCCCGGUUACUACCACAGCACUGUUGCCACUAUUGUCCACGGAUACCUCAACACCACGUUUUUCGGUUUCCCAGACCCGAGACUCUUCCCGUUCGCCAGCGUUUUGACUACAGAUAGACCCCAGCUGUUUUUUAACAGCGUGGCCAGUAUUUGUCCUGUCAACAUCUCUGCAGGUUUUAGGCGAAAACAGCCACAAGAAGCAGGAGUUUACAAAGUGUUCUCCCCUCAAGCCCUGGACAAGAGUCAGCUCAAAUCACUCUUCAGGUCGUAUUACUCAGUGCAGGUGACAGAGUGGCUGGCUUACCCCCGUUAUGGCAGCAGCACAGGCCUCCCCUCCAUCGAGCUCCACCCGAAUCUGUACUACCUGAACGGGAUUGAGUGGGCUGGCAGCGCCAUGGAGAUGAGCUCAGUGGCCGCUAAAAACAUUGCGCUGCUAGCUUACCACCGCUGGAACCGUCAGGGCGACAUGGUGGACCAAAAGGAUUUGAUGCACAAGAUCAAAACCGAAUUAUGACCCAGAAAGCAGAAGACAAGGACUCACUGGUAAAACUGUGCCUGACUUUAUAACUGCGAGUGCAUGAGUUGAUAUGGUUAUAGAAGCAGUAGGCUUUCCCCUCAAAGCCCCAUUACAGAAAUCUAUACAUGCUACUGCAACUGAAAUGCUCUAGUCUACACUGGUCGGAAGAUGUAAAUAUUUAAUGCUAGAGAUGUAAGAAUUCACUCAAGUCAUGUUUAUUGUUAUCUUUUUAUUUUUAUUAAAGUUGACUUUUUAAUAUUAUUAACAUAAAAAGGAUAAUUCCAAACAGGUUUUAUUUAUUUAAAAAUGUAUAAUCAUUAUAAUGUUGCAAUUGUCUUACACAAUUUUUGGACAUUCAAAUUCAUUCAUUCAUUGGGUUGGUGAUAAACUAUACUGUAGCCACAGCUGCCCUGGUGCUGACUCAGUGAGAUAUGGCUGCAAAUUUGCUUCAGCGGCAAGGCAGAUAUGGUGAACUAAAUGUAUCUUUUACUAUCUAUUUAAUGGCUUCGGAAAGGGAAGUCCACAAUGUAACAUGCUCACAGCCAUAUAACAUGUACAUCAUAUAAAGUUCAUGAAACCUCAAAGUACAGUAGCAUUGAUGCCUGAAGCUUUUACACAACAGCAUGAAAUGAGCUAUUUGUGAGAUCUAAACAUUGACAUAGUGUCAGUAGCCACUACAGCUAAGAUCAUAGUAUUUAUUGUUUUAAAGCAAUUAAAAAGUCAACAGCGUUAUAGAGUUAGAGAAAGUAAACUGCAAAGAAAGGAGUGUUAAUAAUGGGAUGUAUUUUGAAUACUUUCUUAACCCUGACCACAGGCCUACAGUUGAAAGGUUCUUGGGUUUUGUUUAUCUAGGAGGUUGAAUAGUAUUUUAAAAGUAGGCUAUAGUAAUCCUGAGUCUGUAGCUUUCAGUUUAUAGAAGAACAUUCAUUAUAUUGUGUAGCUCCUAGUUAAUAUCUGGAUACACAAUUUUAGAAAGCAGUGACCUUUUCUGUGCCAUCUAUUCUAAGAUGAUUAAGCUGUUUAAUACUGCAGAAUGUGUUUGCAUGUUUCUAGUUAGGCUUUAACCACUAAUACAAGUGUGACUGCUGCUGGCAUCUGCUCUGUGCCAAGAAGUGAAUCCAAGCCGCCUUUU